AUGCAAGCAUCCGUCCUCCCAGACGACCCCAGCUUCCCGCCCAUGUCGUCUCUGCUUUCGAACCGACAGACUGCAUGGUCCGGCAAGUAUGCCCAAGCGCUCUUGCCCGCCCGGAAGCAUGCUUCCUCUCCCGACAUCGCCUUUACCCCGCCAGCUUCACUUGUCCCGUGGCCAAGCAAUCUGAUUGCAUGCCAGAUCCCGCCUGUUCUGCCCAUGUUGAUCCCUGUUGCUCGAGAGCAAGUGCCUCAACAUCUGCCCUCCACCAUCAUUGCAGCGUCGGCCGGCACCAUUGCAGGACAGCGUGCUACAUUGCUGAUGCCCAAGCAUCCCAUCGCGCCCCAGGAUUCAGGAACGGCAGCACCUUUCUCCAACUCGGAACACCUCCCUCACGUCGUCUCUCCUCCUGCCGUCUUGCCUCGUGGCGCCACUCGAUCCGAUCAAACGAGGACGGCAUCUUUUCCAAGCUACCAUCAACCUCAUCCUGCCUCAACAAGAGAUCACGAGCAACUCGAGACCAUGACGCAAAACUCAUCCAAGAGCUCUCUCAGGGACAUUGCAGCUGGUGAAGAGGUCAAGAAAGACUCUGCGGAGCCCGUGCACGUCUUUCCGAUCUUGGAGAGAGGCAUGAUUCGCGACAUUGAUGAGAAGGAAGCUCAGCAAGCCCCGGUCGACCACUUUGGAACAGCGACACAGCAAUCCGAGGAAGAGCGCAAGCUUGUACGGAAGCUCGACUGGCGGAUCAUGACCUCGCUUUGGGCAUGUUACGCGCUCAACUAUCUGGACAGAAACGCCAUCGCCCAAGCCCGACUGAACGGGCUCGAGAAGGAUCUCAAGUUGAAGGGCAACCAGUACAACAUGUGCAUCUCGAUCCUCUUUGUCGGAUACACGCUGAUGCAGAUGCCGUCGAACAUGGUCAUGGCGUCCAAAAAGGUUCGGCCGUCCGUGUGGAUGUGCUGCUGGAUGAUGGCCUGGGCCGUGUGCUCGGGAUGCACCGCGCUCAGCCACAACUUUGCCGGCCUGUUCACGACUCGAUUGCUGUUGGGUGUGCUCGAGGCACCCUUCUACCCGGGAGCUUUGUACCUGCUUUCGCUCUUCUACACGCGCCGCGAGAUCGCGACGCGCGUCGCCAUCCUCUACUCUGCCAACAUUGUCGCCACUGCUUCGUCCGGCUUGAUCGCCGCAGCGACGUUUGCAACUCUGGACAAGGUGCACGGCAUCCAGGGAUGGAAGUGGCUCUUCAUCAUCGAGGCGGUCGUGACGUUCGGCGUGGCUGUGAUUUGCCUGUACACCAUGCCGGACCACCCGCUGUCGACACGAUGGCUCACUCCUGCCGAGCGCGAGCUGGCACAAGCACGCAUCGACCGCGACACGGUGGGCAUGGAGCCCAGCAAAGGCGUCGUGGCGGGUCUCAGCCAGGCUUGCAAGGAUGGCCGUCUGUGGGUGUUUGUGGUGCUGCAGAAUCUGCACCUGAGCGCCUGCGGCUUCAACAGCUUCUUCCCUUCGGUGGUGGGCGGACUGGGCUUCAACCGUACUCUGACGCUGGUGCUCACCUGCCCGCCCUACCUGUUGUCGGGCCUUUUCAUGAUUGUCUGGGCCGUGUCCUCGGGUCGCAAGAACGAGAAGACGUGGCACAUCACCAUCUCGAUGCUCAUCGCCCUGGUGGGUUUCAUCAUCUCGUGCGUCACGCUCAAUACGCCUGCGCGCUACAUCAGCUGCUUCAUCUUUACGAUCGGCGCCUAUGCCGCCAAUUCGGUCAUCCUGGGCUGGGUCAGCGCCACGUGUGGGCAGACACAAGAGAAGAAGGCAGCCGCGCUCUCUAUCGUCAAUACGUUUGGCAACGCCAGCUUUGCCUACACGCCCUUCCUGUACCCCAAGGGCGAUGGGCCCAAGUAUCUGACGGCCAACAUUGCCAAUUCGUGCUUUGUGGUCGGUUCCAUCAUUUGCACGUGGAUUCUGCGCUUCUGGCUCAAGCGCGACAACGAGAAGAUCAAGAGGUCCAACGCCGAUGCUAGGCUCCUCUACGCCUACUGA